GUUGGUGGUUGGUGGCAGGAAGCAGAGCACAGGAAUUGCCCAGACCCUCCCUGUCGCUGCACCCCAGCCAGGGGGUGUCCCUGGGGGACAAUGUCACCCUGCGGUGCCACCUGCCCCAGCCGGCUGCACGAGUUCAGCUCUACGAGGAAGGGAAUUCGGGACUUAAAAAGCAAGCACGCAUGGACAUGGUACAGGACAUGGCUGAGUUCCCCUUGGUUAGUGUAAAGAAAGAAGAUGCAGUGAGAUAUCAGUGCCAGUACUCGGUGCUGGAGCCACCAGAGACAUCGGAGAAGAGUGAACCCGUGGAGCUGGUGGUGACAGAUCCCAGCUAUCCCCCAGCCAACAUUUCCCUGAUCCCCAAGGAACAUGUGGAGACGGGGACCAAUGUCACCAUCCAGUGCAGCAACCAGAAAUAUAGGGGCACCAUCUUCCUGCACAAGGAUGGGCACUCAGCCCCUCUCCAGCAACAAAAACCCAAUGAUCAGGGCACAGCCACCUUCACCCUUUUUGCAGUGACCCCAGCUGACUCUGGCACCUAUAGGUGCUCCUACCGCGUUGGGGGCUUUUACCGUCUGUCCUCAUGCCUCGGUGAUAAUGUGACCCUGGAAGUGAUUGCCAGAUCUGCACAUCCAGGUGACAAUGGGGGUCCCAGCUUGAACCCGGUGGCAGCGGUGGCUGGGAGUUGUGCUGCUGUGAUUGUCAUCAUCCUCAUCCUCAUAGUCUCAUUCCUCCUUGCUGCCCAGAGAAGACGAAUACAGAGAGAUGAGAGCUCUGGUGCCACCAGAAGCCCCGAGGCCGUGCAGUUCCAGGUGUCCCCUGCUGACAGCCAGGCUCUGACCUACGCCGAGCUGCAAGUUCUGAUCCCCAGCACCCACCCCCCCGGCUCUUCUACCACCCCUGACUCCCCCAUUAUCUACGCCGAGGUGGGCCAUGGGGGACCCCGCUGA